AUGGCGUCUCAACAAGAGAAGAAACAGCUGGACGAGAGAGCGAAGAAGGGAGAGACCGUCGUGCCCGGUGGCACUGGGGGCAAAAGCUUAGAAGCUCAACAACAUCUCGCUGAAGGGAGGAGCCGAGGAGGGCAAACGAGGAAGGAGCAAUUAGGAACUGAAGGAUAUCAACAGAUGGGACGUAAAGGCGGUCUUACUACCGGAGACAAGCCUGGUGGGGAAAACGCUGAGGAUGAAGGAGUUGAGAUUGACGAAUCCAAGUUUAGGACGAAGACCUAA